CAACUUAACCCCCACAAUCCUUCAAGUCUUCGGGACCAGGUAUCUAAAAGCAUGAGCGGAAGCAAGCUCUCAGUGGCAAGCGUGCGGGGCUCCGUUCGUGAACUUCUCGCCGAGGCCAACGGUGAGAAGAGGCGGAACUUCGUCGAGACUAUUGAGCUCCAGAUCGGUCUCAAGAACUACGACCCUCAGCGUGACAAGCGUUUCUCGGGUACCGUCAAGCUUCCUCACGUUCCUCGCCCUCGCAUGUCUAUCUGUAUUCUCGCUGAUGCCGCCGACAUCGAUCGUGCCAAGCAGAUUGACCUCGAGUACAUGUCCGUUGACGACUUGAAAAAGCUUAAUAAGAACAAGAAGCUUGUUAAGAAGCUUGCGAAGAAAUACGAUGCAUUUCUUUCGUCCGAGACUCUCAUUAAACAGAUUCCUCGUCUCCUCGGUCCCGGUCUCUCCAAGGCUGGCAAGUUCCCCACUCCCGUCUCCCACUCCGAGGACUUGGGCAACAAGAUCACUGAAGUCCGUUCGACCAUAAAGUUUCAGCUCAAGAAGGUUCUCUGCUUGGGUGUUGCUGUUGGACACGUUCAGAUGACUGAGGACCAGGUUCUUGGCAAUGUCAUGCUCAGCAUCAACUUCCUCGUCUCAUUGCUCAAGAAGAAUUGGCAGAAUGUCAAGUCUCUGCACAUUAAGUCCACCAUGGGCAAGCCUGUUCGACUCUUCUGAGAGGUCUUAUCCAUCAUAUUGUGGCAACCCGCAAGAAGGCUAUGUGUAGGGGAAGUGCGUCUGCGCUGCCUGGGGUCGUAAUGCACAACAUGAAGCCCCGCACGCUUGGACCAACGGCUUCUUAGAGGGUUGGAAGCCGAUUGGGAGCUGAUGCGGUCCUGGGUAGUCGCGCGCUUCUUCUCGUAUACUUAUGCUUUUAUCUUGCGUAGUGCAGUUGCAUGUCGUAGUGUACAUACAUCUUAUGUAGCAUUAGCGAAUCAUGAUACGAUCGUGAGACUUG